AUGAACCCUCAGCUUUUGAAUUUGAUUGCCGCUUUCGGCGUUAUGCAAUAUGCCAAGAAAUUAGACUUUGAGGACCCUCAAGUUGUUAUGUACGCUCGUACCGCUUACGUUGUUUCCAAUGCUGUUAUUUUUGGCAUCUACGCUAUUAUUAAGUCCAAGAUUGAGACCAAGAACGACCGUACUCCCUUGGUUUAUGAGGAGCCUCCUAUUCCCUUCUCCGGUGAGAAGACCGGCAAGAGUGUUGCCACUACCGUUAUGGACUACGAUUUGGAGCAACUUGGUCGCGCCAGAAAGUCCACCAUCUUCGGUAUCAUGGUUAUGGCCUUCAUGCACUUGUACCUUCACUACUCUCAACCCUUGGUGCUCCAAUCCAUCUUGCCUUUGAUCACCGUGCUCACCAACAACUUGGUUUCCAUUCACCUCUUCGGCAAGCCCGCUGAGGGUUCCUUGGCUCGUCCUUUUGCCGUUCCUUCUUUGUUUGGUAACAACAACAACCAACGCACUGCCGUUACUGGUGCUUCUACCGCUGCCGCUCCUGCUGCUGAGACGAAGAAGGUUGAGGAGAAGGAAGCCGGUGCUAAAAUCACCGAGCUCAACUAA